AUGCCAAAGGGUCUCAACCUCAAGGGUUUUGGUCGGCGCAAGUCCUCUGGCAACGCUCUCGAAUUCGACGAGCCGGAGGCCGCUGUCGUGCCACCCGGACAGUCUUCAUUCCGUGUAAUCGAGAGACCAGAGAAGAGGACGCAGUCGACAUAUGGCUCGCAGGCAAACGUAAAGUUCAAUUCGCCCUUGCAUGCGCUGAGAGGGAAGUCGGUGGACGAUUUGGGGCUGGCCCAGAAUAGGUCGGUUACAGACAGAUCGAAGAGCAAUCAGCCAGGGUGGUUGCUAAACGGCGCUAGGGGCAGCGGUGGGACUACCAAUUCGGGCUCGAGCGGACACUACGACAGCUCCUCUGCCUCAGCUCGAUACAGUUCGACCUCGACCUUGCCCUCCUCCGUCGAGCAGGAUCGCGACGACGAGCUGUUCGCGCCGGUGCGCAAGUCUCAAACGCAAACGCCGCACGCCACGGGCAUGUACCACUCGGUGGCUGCCAAUGCCGACUCACCACCGCUUCCUCAGCCUCCGUCCUUUACAUCACGAGCCGCGAGAGCACUAUCCUUCGGCAACAACAGAAGCAGCAAAGCGAGCAGCAGAGAUGCCCCGCCGAUGCCCCCGCCGCAUGCGGCUACAAAUGGCGCACCCCUGUAUCCGCAGAGGAGCCAGAGUCCGUACAGAGAGCGGGCGAUGACCACGAGCAGCUAUGCCAGCACUGCCGUACCAACCAAGACGGAGCUGCGUCUGAGUGUGGACGCCUUUGGCACCGACGAUUUUGGCAGCAUGUUUGACAGCCUGAAGAAGGACAGUCCACCGGCCCCUGCACACCCAGCGGGCAGCUUCCACCAUGCGGUAAGUUGACUGCGACCAUCUCUUGGAGCCGAUGAGCUAAUCUGACUCAGGAGUCGGAGCCCAUGUUCCCGCCAAGGACAUAUUCGCGUCCGGCCCCCUCUUCCUCGCCGAAUGCCUUGAUACUUGCGCAGAGCAGGCGGGAAAAUAACGAAUCUCCGUAUUAUUCAGACGGACGCGAUUCCAAUGAAGGUUUGGUAUCGAAUCGUAAUUCGGCACUCAGCUCACCGUCCGCUGACGGGAACGCGCCCGGGCCAGCCGUUGCAAAUGGGAUUACCCAAGCUUUCCUUGGCAGCUCCAAGUCCGGUUACUCGCGCGUUCCUGAACACUACACGUCUCCUGGCCUGGAACGGGCAUCGAUCGAAAGCUACAGGUCGGUCAUGGACAAUGAGACGAAGGCGAAAGAGCCCGAGCGUCCCUCGCGACAGACGCAGGUCGAUGAUGAGGAUCGAUUGGUUAGGAGAAUUGAACUGCACGACCCUCCUGGGUCCAGUUCGCCCGGCUCCGUGAAAGCGAAGCCCGUCACUGCGCAGCGGCAACAGCUCCAUGCGUCCCAUGCUACAGCGGGUGCAUCGAGGGCUGAUUCGGUCAGUCCUCACAGCACGGAAGCGGAAUCCGCAAUAUACGCCGAAUCGAACAACACCACACCGCGCGCGGCAAGGAGCAAGCUCAAAACGAUGCCGGAGAAUUCCAUUCUCAAUUCAUCGCCUGUGGGCCCACCUUCUGCGGCCAUACGACCCGGCGCCCACCAGCGGACAGACAGCGGCGGGAUGAAGAUGAUGACCAAGGCGCAAUUCCAAGCGCUAAGGCAGCGCGGAGAGAGCAGCGAAGAGCAGAGUGAAGAGGAGGAUCUCUCUGGCGAUGAGUAUGAUGAUGAAGAUGACGUGGAACGAGCAAAGAAGAUGGCAACACAGAGGCGAAAGCAAGAGGCGAACAUGUCGUUAUAUCGCCAGCAGAUGAAGAAAGUCACUGGCGGCGGACCGACAGACCUACCAUCUUCGGCUGCUUCUACGGUGAGGCCGUCCAUGGACCGGGGCGCGACUGCACCGGCUGCGACUGGUGGGGGUGGCAUACACUUUGGUGGUAUCGGCGGUACACCGCCUUCGGAUACCGUCAGGGGCAAGCCAGGCGACGACGAAGACGACGACGUUCCGCUGGGCAUCUUGCAGGCUCACGGCUUUCCAACAAGCAGCAGGCCGCCCACAAGAGUUGGUGAGAAUGAUAUCAGCCAACAACGACGGACAUCCGUUGCUGGCUCGGUGGUGGGAGGUGGUGCGGGCCAAGGCAACUUGCCGCCAUUCGCAAGGAGACUGCCGGCAGACCCGUACUUUGGUGCUGGACUCGUAAACCCGAGUACACGAGAAUCACUGGCAAUGAACAGCACCUCGGGAUCUGUGGUGGGAAUGCCAACUGGACAAAUGACGCCGCAACCAGCGCCUUCCAUGGGUCAUCCAGGCGGUCUCGUUGGAGUGAUCGCUGGAGAGGAAAGGGCACGCGCCGCCAGGAGAGGGAGUCCCAACAUGGCUCUUGGCACGUAUAACAACCCGAUGGGCGGGCCAAUGCCUUUGCCGCAAAACAUGCCCAUGCAGCCGCCGAUGCCGCGUACGAUGUCGAUGGGCAACUUGGCACCGCCUUCGAUGUAUGGAGCGGUGCCACCUAUGCCGCCGAUGCCCCAGAUGCAACAGCCUCCGAUCGAUCCCGGGCAACAGCAGAUGCAGCAGUUCAUGCAGAUGCAGAUGCAACUCAUGCAAAACAUGCUCCAGAUGCAGCAGCAACAGAUGGGUCAAGCGAGACCCCAAACACCCAUGCAACAGCCGACCCAACAAGCACACGAUUACUUGGGCGUCAACUUCGGGAACAAUGCGCCUCGUCGAAUGUCCAUGGCAAGCAACCACUCGAACUAUCUGGGACCUCCGACACCCAACCAAGGCCGGGCCAUGACGAUGAUGAACCCUCCCCCGAGCUGGAAUCAAGCUGCUCCGGCGGGCGGGCCGCGACCGAACAGUGCGAUGCCCAUGGGUAGCACUUCGUAUGCUCCAUCAGUGUCCGGACUACCCGUUGCUGGAGGUGCCGGGCCUGGUUAUACGCCUUCGAUUGCACCGAGCGAGAGAAGCAAUAUCGGCAUGCCGUCGCGAUAUAGGCCCGUGACGCAGAAUGGCGAGACUUCGAGGUCGCAGAGUAUGACCUCUUCCAUGACAUUGCAGGCCUUUGCCAAUCAGCAAUCGUCGGCAAACGUAGCCGGAACACCUUACAAUGGCCAGCAAAUUCAGACACCAAAGUCGACGAUCCGGAUUGUGGACAAGCCCAAGGGCGCUCCCAAGACCGCUGCGCCCCGUGCAGGCGCUGAGGAUGAAGACGACGGGUGGGCGGAGAUGCGCAAGGAGCGCGAGCAGAAGAAGAGGUUCAAGCGGGGGAAGAAGAGCAGCACAAGUACUGCCAACAAUGGCCCGUCGCUGAACGAUCUCUACCAGGGUCUGGGAUAG